GCCUAUUUACCUGAAAUCUGCUUGAUGCAUGGAAUCUCUUUUGUCACUGAAAGAGCAAGGGAACAACCUUUAUAACAACGGAUCAUUCGACCAAGCUGUUGCACUCUAUGAUCAAUGCCUAUUGCAUCCAGAGGCAGAUGAUGGUUUGCGUUGCUUGCUCCAUAGCAACAAGGCACAGGCGUACUUGAAGUUGGGAAAAUUUCAGUACGCCUUAGAUGAAUCAACUAAAGGUUUGUUUUUGCGUCUUACUGCUACUUCAACCAAUUUCAGCACUGAAUCUCAAUCCCACCGAUGCAAAGGCACUUUUUCGUCGCGCUCAAGCCAACGAGAAGCUUGAUCACUUAAAAUCAGCUCUAGAUGAUGUACGUAGGUUGAUUCAGCUGAAUCCGAAAAACAAGGCCGCCCAAGAUCUAGCUCGUCGAAUUGAAAUGACCGCUUCUGCACAUGUCACUAAAGCGGGAAGUUUACUAGCACGCAUUGCGUCCAUGUUUGAACUUAUUCAGGCGGAAUCAGCUACGUCGGAUAAAAUGGAACCGGCGUUGACCAACUUGGCCGCCUUAGUAGCUGAAAGCGGACCGACAGCUGCCACGAUGAUCUGGGAGAAUCCGGCAUACCAUUCUCUCAUAGAUUUGUGCGGAACGACGGAGUUACCGGUGAUGAAGGCUGCACAUCGACUGGUUGCUCUUACCUUCCAAGACCAUCCUGAUAGAUGCAUGUUCGUGUUGGAGCGCCUAACACCACAGUAUUUCUUCGAUCGCAUUCUCUCUCAGCGACCGGAGGAGUCGCUUGUGUCUUGUCGUUUUCUCAAUGCGGUGCUGCAGAGCCUGACACAGUUAGAUGCGUAUCACAAGGCCAAAGAGGCCGAUGCUUUGAACACUUCCAAGGAGACGAGCAAGGUGGCACCUGUUGCUUAUCCACGAUUUAUCUUGGAUCCGAUCAUGGAAAAACCUGUUUACAAUAUUUUACAUCACUUGUCCCGAACCGUGAAUAGCUAUCGGCUCUCAGCAGCCGCUCGCGACUACAUCAUCGAGAUGCUUAUCCGGUUUGUACCCUCAGAGAAGGGAAUCGGUUGGUCUCAAAGGAUCGUCAAGUCGGAAGACUUGCUUGAACGUUUGCUAGAAGUUGGUGGUGCAGCUGGGACAAGCGCUCUUGGUACUUGGCGCUGCCGACGACUCCGGAAAUCACGGGAUCCAGUAGACUCUAGCCCAGCCGGUGGCGGCGCCGAUCUUACUCGUUUACAUACUAGUCCGAACACGCGAAUGACAGUGGCUUGCCUACUGGCAAAGCUCUGGGAAGAUCUUGGUUCGGACAAAUUGAGAGAAGCAUUUACCUCCACGUGCAAUGAUUUCAUUAUGUGA